UUUUGUAAAUAAAAAUAUUGAAAAUGGAAAAGAAAGGAAAAGACUCAAUCCAACAAGAAGAAACGAAGAGAGAUCAUGAGAAUAGUAAUUAUUCAUUGGUAACUACCUCUUCGGAAGAACUCGAUAGUGAUAGUGAAGAGAAAAUCACAAAACCAGUUGAAAAAGCUAAUCAUAGUUCCCCAGACCCAGGAUCAAAACGACUCCAAUUCCAUGGAGGAAAUAUAAAAUCUCCUAGACCAAAAUUCUAUGACGAAGAGAUAACUUUCAACGAUCCCACCCCAAAACAUUAUUGAGAGUCUCAUGAGGAAGAAAAGAGGAUUAACCAACUGACCAACUCUAACUUAUCUAAGGUAACCACAAAGAUAAGCUACCGUAAGCCUACUCUGAAGGACAUGAAGAUGAGGCUUGCCAUCUUCUUGAAGGACCAUGUAUCUCAAGACCAAGAAGAUCAUGAGCAGCAUUAGAAGAAAAAUUAUGAAAUUAGUUCAAUUUUAUCAUAAUUUUAAG